AUGGAUGGUUCAUUCAAAUUAGGUGAAAAAAAGCGAAGAUUCAACCCCGGACCAUCAUAUGAUUUCGAGAUUAACCUUUUUCCACCGACUCACGACUCUUAUCCAGAGUUUGACUUCCAAGAACUCACCGAACUUCAGAAAAACGUGCGUAAAGCUGAAGAUGAAGAAGAGAAAGGUCGAGCUCGAAAAAAUUUGCAAAGGGCUCUUCGUGGGGAGUCGAGACCUGCCGUCACCAAAUUUUAUCAACUUUCGAAAGGAGAUGGAUAUGAUAAGAAUGAUCCUUUCAUCGAUGAUUCUGAAGAAUUUGACGAAACGGUACCACCUUCCGUGGACACGAUAAAGGGUGGUUUCUACGUUAACAGGGGUUUGGCAGAAUUGAAAGAAGUUGAAGAACCACCAGAAAGGAUUGCACAACCAAGACCGAAAGACUAUCCCGAUGACGAUAAAAUUAAAAGAAUGCGUAACAUUUUGAAACAAAAGUUUGAUGACAAGAAAAAGCGGCUAAAAGACCAAGCGAAAUUGAUGAAGAAGAAGCAGAAAGAAGAAAAGCUACUUGCAAAAUAUGGACGCGUUGCUGAAGAUAAAUCAAAAAUGGCGGAUGCUUCUUUUAACGUUAAAUCAAGCCUUCAACAGAAAAGAGCCAAAAAGCUUGUAACGAUACCAACAGAAACAUCGAAUCAAGAUAAUUCAAUCAGCGAAACUUUAAAAGAAUCAUCGUCUAUCAAUGAACCAUCAAAACUCUUGGCGAAUCCAGUUCAAGCUGAUAAGGAUGAUGAUCAUCUACCACUUUCCACUUUUGCGUCUGGGACUGCAACUUUGCCAUCGACUAGUCAACAGAGUGGUAUUGUUAAAAGACGCCCAGUUGAGCCUGAUGAUGAAACGAACAAGAUGAUUAAUGCGUUCAAGAAGGCUACCCACAAUCUUGCUGCACCUGGACAAAAGAAACGCCUGCAACGUGACCAUGUACUUAUGCUUAUUGGAAUCGAAGACAGAAUGGUGGAACAGAAGAUGAAUACCCAUGAAAGAAGCCGUGUUAUUCAAGGGAUUGCUGAUUUUAUUGGUAUUCAGAAGCAAUCUUUGUAUAUCAGGAUGAAAGCAAUUCGAGACGAGGGCAAGAAAGACAUCGAAAUUCUUUCGGCUUCAGAAUCUAUUAUGCAAAAUGAAGCGGCAACACCUACUACAUCAAGUGCAACUUCAAAUGUGGUCAAAACCGUAAAUGAGAACAAAGUUGUCGAAGCUCAAACAUCUAAAGCUGCAACAAAACCGGUAACAUCAACUCCAACCACCAAAGUUCCGGGAAGUUCAAACACGAACCAAAAUGGUGUAACUGCGAAACAGAAUGGAUCAGUAUCUCAGCAAACAAAUGGUAAACAAAUAAUUCAACUUUCGGAGGGCGCUAAAGUAGCAUCGACAAAUCAGGUCAUUCCAAAUCUUUCGGGCAUCACCCAGGAGGUUCUUCAGAAAAAGUUUGAAGCUGUUUACACAGCUUUUGCAAUGGCGUACAAAGAAGCUCUUGAAAAAGCCGAAAUUGAUUUUAUGAGUCAAAAACUCAAGUUAAGCAUUGGAGGAAGUACAGCCGUUCCGAAAAAGAUAAUCAAAUUUGAUGCCAAAUUAAAUUCUGCCCUAAUCGAUUUGUCACUUUUUUCAAUUGGAGUGGCGAAAUUUUACGAAAGCAAAAAUGUGUCUUUGAAACAGGUAUUGGUCGGCAUGUUUGAGCGCUGUUUGAAAGAAACUCCGGGACCAAUAACAACAGAUGAAUUUCUGCUGCAUGUGGCAAAAGAAUGCCCCAAGGCUAAAGAGCUGCUGAAAAGUGAACUCCUUCAGAUUUCAACAAAGCCUAAACCAUUGACUAAUCGAAUCGAUCAGGCCGAGAAUCGUGAGCAGACAUCACAAGGCCCGACCACGUCGAAUGCUACACAAGUCCAGACAUCAGCAUCAACGAGUAAAGUUACGCAGGCGGUUCCAACCGAAAAUAUGUCUCUGGCAGCCGAAACAUUAGCCAAGAUGUUUGGCUACCAAUCGAGUAAACAACUUUUCGAGGCGCUGAAUGAUCCCAAACAGGCGCCUAGAAUUCAAAUGCUAAUGAAUAACCCGGCAGCUGCGUUAUUGAUGCAACAAGCUAUGGCCGGCAAUAAAGCUGUGAAUGCUUCAAUCACAGCCGCCGCUAUGCAAACUGCUAUGGCCAAAAAGCAAGAGGAAGAAGAAGAAAAACGUAGAAAAGAAAAAGAAGAACAAAAAGCUGAAGCUAAACGGCAAGCUUUAGAAGAAAAGAAAAGACUGAAGGAAGAAGAAAAGAUUCGGAAAGCCGAAGAAGAAAGGAAACGUCGUUUAGCGGAACAAGAAGAAAAAGAGCGGAAAAGAAAAGAAUUAGCUGAACAGGCAGCAAGAGAGGAAGCGGAAAGACUCCGAAAAUUGGCUGAACAAAACGCACGAGAGGAGGCUGAACGAAUUCGUCUCGAGAAUGAGCAUCGAGAACAACAGCAGAGAGAGUUGAAGCGUGCCGAAGAACAGCGCAAUGCCGCCCGGAUCGCUGCUAAUACUGUGCUUAGAAAGGAGCCACCCGUCAUUCCAACCUUAGACUUGAGCGGCCAGCGCCAACGAAUUGACGUCAAGGACUUUGGAAUGCUUCCUCAAGCACCACCACUCGAGAGUUCAAUGCCGACAACGCCCCAAUCUGCGGGCACUCCUCAUUUUCAGACCCCAGCUUCACCGUUUACUUCAAUAUCCUCUCCACAUACACCCGUCAAUAAACAGAUGAACGCCGUGCAAUCGCCACAAAUGAGCUCACCCGCGCGAAGCUACGGAAUGCAAAGCCCAGCCUACACCCAUCAAACUCCAUCGCCGAUGAGCUAUGGUCAACCGCAACACCAAACCCAACAUCAACAACAAGCCGCUCAACAACCACCCAACUCAUUCGAGCUCUUUUACUCACAGCUA